AUGCAGCAGAGCUCAGGCGAUACCGCCGAACCGGCGAGCCUGGGAAGCUGCAACGUGAAUGGUUGGACCGAUGUUGGGGAGGCAAGACCCACAACCGAGGACAGCGGCAUCGGGCAGCCAACACCUAUAACACCAGCUGAGUGGUCUGUGGAACGAGAGGGAAGUACAAAUAGCGUGGCGAGACCCACCGAAACGGUACAUACGGAAAGGAGUCAGUCGCCAGUAUCUGUGAUCGAAACCCAACUUGAAGCCGAUACGAAGUCAAGUCCCAGCCCUUCAAAUGAACGACCGGAAUCGAAUAUAUCCUUUGAAACUGUUGAUAAUAUCGACGAGAACGCAACUGACUGCAACUCGAACGAAGAUCACCUUAACUCAAAUGAAUGUGAUGACGAAAACGGGCCCGUAAUAGUUGUAACAGAACCGGCCCACGAAGAGGAAAGCGUCUUUAGCGCCGAUCAACCAAAGCCCAAAUACACUAAACCUUUUCAUAUCCAGAGAAUAUUAUCCGAGACCGACGACGAGUUGGAACGAAAAUUAACUAUAAGAAAACGUUCUCUUUGUAUUAAACCUCCAGAUGACGAUGCCAUGACAACCAUCCAGCGUCGUUUGGACGAAAUAAGCGAGAUGGUUACCCCGAGAACAGAGAAAGGGGCGCAGUUAUUAGAUGAGCUGGACGAACCACUUAGAGCCUAUGUCCUGGAAUUAGCGAAGCAAUCGCCUUCAGUAUUUGCAAGACACAGAAGAAAAGAAUGGAAGGUGGGUCACGUGACGGCACUUAACAAUCGUGAAACUGUUAAUACAUAA